AUGGUAAUAAGUCGGGAUGCUUUCUCGUCAAAAGUUGAUCAAGAUUUGUUCGCAGUUGGUAUGUUGCCACCAUUGUUCAACCGUCGUGGUCGUGAACUUGGAGAGUCUCCUUCGAUGAUUGGUCUUGUAGGAUCCAUUUAUGGCUCAUGGCUGUUUACAGUUCUUGUCAAGCCCAAUAAUGGCAAGGCAAGUGAUGUUUGGAGUCGGAAAUCGGUCUUGCUUCUUAGCUUUAUUGGUUGUUUCAUUGGAAAUUUAUACAUGGGUUUGGCAAGCACAAUUCUCAUGUAUGCUCUGGCUCGAUUACCUACAGGCCUUUUAAAACAUAGUCAUUCAUCAGCAAAAGCUUAUUUAUCAGACAUCACAUUACCUGAAGAAAGAUCAGGUGUAUUUGGUUGGUUCAAUGCAUUUGGAAGUUUUGGUUUCAUAAUCUCGCCCAUUAUUUGUGCUACUGUUGCUAUGCACGACAAUGGAUACUUCAAGGUUUCACUUUUGAGCUGUAGCGUGUAUUUGUUCGCUAUAAUAUUUGUAUGGUUUGUCUUAAAUAAAAUAAAACUUGGUAAUGACAAACAGAAUGACAAAGAGAAAUCAUUUUUCUCCAGAAUCGUCAAUGUUGUUGCUGUUUCAUCAAUUGUGAGCGUUUUUGACUUGUUACUGAUCCGCAUCAUUAUGGCUCUAGGCAUGUUAAUAUAUCGCAGUAAUUUUACUGCUAUGUUGGAUUAUCGUUAUGGUGUAAAUGCUAAAACAACAGGCUACAUUAUAUCCUAUGGUAGUAUUGCUGGAGCAAUAUCUGGUAUGUCAUUGGGCUCUAUAUAUAGCUACAUACAAAGUGAUGUAAAUAUGAUGUCAAUUGGUGGAAGUUUGAUGAUGGCAUAUUUUUGGGAUAGCGAUGUAACCAAAUAUUUAUACAGUACUCAUAUGUAUGAUACUCUUCGUCACCAAGACAAAGGCUCUGUUUUACUAAUGAUAGGUUUAUAA